AUGGAGCUUGAAGUUGCUGCGAGUGUGGCUCUGGCAGUAUUGAUAGUUGCAUAUGGGUUCAUUUUUGGGGUUCUCAAGAGGGUGAAUGAGUGGAUAUACGUGAGCAGGUUGGGAGAGAAGAGAGCCUCUCUUCCACCUGGUGACAUGGGUUGGCCUUUGGUGGGCAAGAUGUGGUCCUUCCUGAGAGCCUUCAGAUCUGAUGACCCUGACUCUUUCCUCUCUAACUUCAUCUCAAGGUUUGGAGCCACAGGUAUCUACAAAACCUACAUGUUUGGCAGUCCAAGCAUAAUCGUGUGCAAACCCGAGACAUGUAGGCGAGUAUUGACAGAUGACCAAAACUUCAAGCUCGGUUACCCUAAAGCGGUUAAGGUAUUAACUGGCCGGAGAUCAUUCCACAGCAUCUCCAACGCUGAGCACAAACGGCUCCGGCGGCUCACAGCUGCUCCCAUCACUGGCAGUGAGGCCCUGUCGAUGUACGUCCCCGGGAUUGAGGAGAACAUAGUGGCUUCCUUGGAAGAGUGGUCGAGUUCGGACCAGCCGGUUGAGUUCUUGACCGGGAUGAAGAAAGUCACGUUCGAGAUCAUUACGAACAUCUUCUUUGGCUUGGAUCAGGUUGAUUUCAACUUCAAGACCAUGGAGAUCUUGUACGGUGACUUGGCUCGUGGAAUGAAGUCCGCACCUAUCAACUUCCCCGGAUUCACUUUCCACAGAGGCGUCAAGGCGAGGAGAGAGCUGGUUAAGAUCCUCCAAGCUAUUGUGGAUGAGAGGAAGGCUUUGAAGGGAAGGAAUGGGUCGAUCACGAGGAAGAACAUGUUGGAUAUGCUAAUGGAGGUUGAAGAUGAGGAUAAGAGGAAACUGGAGGAGGAGGACAUAAUUGACAUAUUGCUCAUGUACUUGCUUGCUGGCCAUGAAACCUCAGCUCAUGGCACUAUGUGGGCUGCUCUUUACCUCCAUGAACAUCCUGAUAUCCUCCAAAAAGCAAAGGAAGAGCAAGAGGAGAUCAUCAGGAGGAGACCAGCUACACAGAGUGGAUUGACCCUCAAGGAAAUUAGGCAAUCACAGUAUCUUACAAGGGUGGUUGAUGAAACAUUGCGUAGAAUCAGUCUCUCAUUUGCAGUUUUUUGA